UUGCUAUAAGUAAGAUUUGCCGCAGGCUUUUCUCGCCUCUCUUAAACGAAACCAGCACACUCAAAGUAGCGUCUUUCCAUCCCAGGCACCGAUCACCAGUCCUGCGUGACACUUCACUUUCCCGACGCACAGCACGGAUCCAGAAAACAACCUCUGCGAUGCUCGCCUUCUUCAAUGCUUCGCUUCGAAGUCCGAGCGCUUGAUUUCUUCACUAACCACUAUCGAAGGUCUCGUAGGUAACGCCGGAAUCCUUAGUAUCACUCCUUCAGCUCGGACUGACGCCCCCUAUCUUUUCUCCAACUAUAUCCUCACUGCCGCUUUUUCUGUGACUGAAGUUCUAGGGUUUUUGAGAGGUGUAGCCAUUUAUCUUGAAUUGAUGAGAUUUCGAUUUUUAUUGAAUCGGCUGUGGUGAUUGUGUUAGUUUUAACUUCUUGAAGAGAAGAAGAUGGAUGUUGCUUGUGGUUUUUGGCACUCUGGCGUCGCCUAUUAUGGCGUUUAUCCGGGUUCUGGCAUAAGAAGUACAGGAUUUAAGUCGGGUGCUAGGGAUUGUAGUGUUGCUGGAGAUUAUAGGGUUUUCUGUCGAUUACGUUCAGCAAAGAGGAGAAACCACGCUGUAAGUGCUAGCCACUGCGGCUCGCAGCGUUCAGUUUGUCGAGUUCUUUUUCCUCAUUUGCAUGUGAGGCGGCGUUCUCUGGCUGACAGUUCAUGCAAUUGCAGAAAACAUUGGAAGGAAGCUGUGUGGUUGCAGUGUCAGAGAAAUGACUCUUUGGCAUAUGUUGAUGGGGAAGGUCAGGAUCUUACUGAAAGUCCUAAGAUGUCAAAAUCUGAUCCUUUGGCUGAGGGCACAGAAGUAGCAUCAAUUUCUGUUACAGAAACUAAUGGUUCGGUGGAUAAUGUAAAGGGUGACAAUCAGUUGGAGGAUUUAAGAGAAAUGCUUCAGAAGGCUAUGAAGGAGCUUGAAGUUGCCAGGCUUAACAGUAUCAUGUUUGAGCAGAAGGCUCAGAAUACAUCUGAAUUUGCAUUCGCGUUAAAAGAUGAAGCAGAAAGUGCUUGGAGAGAUGUUACUUCUGCUGUUACUAUGAUUCAGGAGAUAAUUAAUGAAGAGACUACGGCAAAAGAAGCUGUCCAGAAGGCCACUAUGGCCCUUUCAAUGGCCGAGGCUAGGCUAAGGCUGGCAACAGGAUUAUUGGAUCCCACAGAAGAGAUAUCAGUCUCGGCGGAGCCUUCUAUGCAGAGCGAAGUGGAGCAGGACCUUCUUUCUGCCCAGGAGGAGAUUAAAGAUUGUAAGGCUCGUUUGGAUAACUAUGAAGCCGAGUUGAAGAGAAUCCAAACAAAAAAGGAGGAGCUGCAGAAGGAAGUAGACAGGUUGAGUGAAAUUGCUGAGAAGACUCAGCUGAAUGCCUUGAAGGCAGAGGAGGAUGUUGCCAACAUAAUGCUCCUGGCAGAGCAAGCAGUUGCUUUUGAAUUGGAGGUGACACAACAUGUGAAUGAUGCAGAGCUUGCAUUGCAGAAAGUAGAGAAGGUUGCCUUUUCAGCUGAUCUGCUGGAACAACCUUCCCAAGAACAGCUAAUUGAGGAAGUGGACCACGAUGCAGAGAAGACUAGUUCAGCUGUUGCUGAUGGCUUAACUGUAGUAAGAGACAUUGGAGUGUCACCUGCUAGUGAUGUGGCUGAGCUGAUUGUGGGGUCGGCACAAAGCUCUGAUCAGAUGAAUGGCAUGCCGAGUUCAUUUCCUGACAAAGAAUCUGAGGACGAUACAAAGAAAGGAAAGAAGCAGGAACUUCAGUCAAAAGAUCUAACCAAGGAUUCAACUUUAAAUGUUCCAAAAGGAUUAUUAAAAAAAUCUUCUCGUUUUUUUUCUGCAUCUUUUUUCUCUUUUAAAGUAGAAGGCAAAGAAUUCACUCCUUCAACUGUUAUCCAAGGGCUAGCCAUGUUUGCUAAGAAACAAGCACCAAACCUAGUUCUCGGGACUUUGCUUCUUGGACUUGGGACUGUUCUUUUGAGUACUCGAGCAGAAAAAAAUUAUCAGCUGCUUCAACAGCCAGAUUUAGUAACUAGUAUUGAAGAAGUAACCUCAACUGCAGAACCUUUGGUUCAGGAGAUAAGGAGGUUCCCUAAAAGAUUGAAAAAGCUUAUUGCGCUUUUACCACAGCAAGAGAUAAAGGAGGAAGAAGCUUCCCUUUUUGAUAUGCUAUGGCUGUUGUUAGCCAGUGUAAUUUUUGUUCCUAUAUUCCAAAAGAUUCCUGGUGGUAGUCCUGUACUUGGAUACCUGGCUGCUGGUAUUCUUAUUGGUCCUUAUGGACUGUCUAUUAUCCGUCAUGUUCAUGGGACAAAGGCCAUUGCUGAAUUUGGAGUUGUUUUUCUGCUCUUUAAUAUUGGACUUGAGCUUUCUGUGGAAAGGUUAAGUUCAAUGAAGAAGUAUGUUUUUGGGUUAGGCUCUGCUCAGGUUCUGGUGACUGCAGUUGCAUUUGGCUUGGCUGCCCAUUUUUUUACUCGGCUUCCAGGCCCUGCAGCAAUUGUUAUUGGUAAUGGUCUAGCUUUGUCAUCCACCGCAGUAGUCUUACAGGUGCUCCAAGAAAGAGGAGAGAGCACAUCACGACAUGGUCGUGCUACAUUUUCCGUUUUGCUUUUUCAGGACUUGGCUGUGGUUGUUUUACUAAUACUGAUACCUCUUAUUUCACCCAAUUCUUCCAAAGGAGGGAUUGGUUUUCAGGCAAUAGCAGAAGCCCUUGGAGUGGCUGGUGUCAAGGCAAUGGUUGCCAUAACAGCCAUAAUUGCUGGGGGGCGGUUGCUUCUUCGGCCAAUUUAUAGACAAAUUGCAGAGAAUCAGAAUGCAGAGAUUUUUUCGGCAAAUACCCUCCUUGUCAUUCUUGGAACUAGUCUCCUUACAGCUCGAGCUGGACUGUCUAUGGCACUGGGAGCUUUUUUGGCUGGUCUCCUCUUGGCAGAAACAGAAUUUUCUUUGCAGGUUGAGUCAGAUAUUGCUCCUUACCGGGGUCUCCUUUUAGGACUAUUUUUCAUGACAGUUGGAAUGUCAAUUGAUCCAAAGCUUCUUCUUUCCAACUUUCCUGUUAUCCUUGGGAGUCUGAGUCUCUUAAUUUGUGGCAAGUGUAUAUUGGUUGCUUUACUAGGUAAGAUUUUUGGCCUUUCAACUAUAGCUGCUGUUCGAGUUGGUCUUCUACUUGCUCCUGGUGGAGAAUUUGCAUUUGUUACUUUUGGAGAUGCUGUAAAUCAGGGAAUACUGUCUUCUCAACUAUCAUCUAUACUAUUUCUGGUGGUUGGUAUUUCAAUGGCUCUUACACCAUGGUUAGCAGCUGGAGGCCAGUUGCUUGCUUCUCGAUUUGAGCAGCUUGAUGUUCGAAGUUUACUACCAGUGGAGAGUGAGACCGAUGAUCUACAAGACCACAUCAUUAUAUGUGGUUUUGGACGAGUUGGACAGAUUAUUGCUCAACUUCUUUCUGAGCGUUUGAUUCCAUUUGUUGCGCUUGACGUUAGAAGUGAUCGGGUUGCAGUUGGGCGUGCUCUUGACUUACCUGUAUAUUUUGGAGAUGCUGGGAGUAGAGAGGUCUUACACAAAGUUGGGGCUGAGAGAGCUUGUGCUGCUGCAAUUACAUUGGAUACACCUGGUGCAAAUUAUUACAGAACUGUGUGGGCUCUUAGCAAAUAUUUCCCCAAUGUGAAGACAUUCGUCCGAGCUCAUGAUGUUGACCAUGGCAUUAAUCUGGAGAAAGCAGGAGCAACUGCGGUUGUACCAGAGACAUUGCAAAUACAUAAGAACACUAUGCUCAGCUCCCUGUUUUUCCUGCAGGCCAAGCUGCCAACUUCCGAAAUUGCAACAGUUAUUAAUGAAUUCAGAGCCCGUCACCUCUCUGAGCUCACUGAGAUAUGUGAGGCAAGAGGUGGAUCGCUGGGUUAUGGAUUCUCAAGAGUCAUGUCCAAGACGAAAUCUCUGAAUUCUUCUGAUUCGGAUGAUGAUGAAUUUGUUGAAGGUACACUGGCAAUUUGAUCAAACAAGUAGAGUAGAUAAAAAGAACUCUUUUUUAUUAUUAUUAUUAUUUUUUUUUUUUUAGCAUAAUUUUGAAACCUGUACAGCUAGUUCAGAUACAUUUGUAUAGUGAAAUGAACAGCUCACAUGGAAACAUACGUUUCUUAGUAGAGUAAAUGAGGCUUUGCUGGCUCAAA